AUCUUUGCUUAGUUUUCUGGUUGCAGAAUUAGUGUAUUUGCAAUGAAGUAACUUUUAAUCGAUAGUUCGUACAUUACAAUUUGCGUACUAAUAAAUUCAGUUUCAUAUGGGUUCACAUAACAAGCGAAUGAAGAAACGCAGAGAACUCGACGCUCUUUUGAGUGGCGGGCGUUCAAAACAAGGUUAUGAACAAUUACAACCCCAAUCUACAUCCCAUCAUGCUGACAUUGUGUUCAGUUCAUCAUCAAGAGAUGGAGAUAAUUUUAAUUCCCAUCUUAACUAUGGCACCAGAAAAAUGGGCCGAGCAAUCAGUAUUCGAAAGAGAGCUUGUUGCAUGAAGAGGUUGUACCAUAUCUGUUUACCUGCAUGUAUGGUUGCCAUGAUCGUGACAUGCGUCGUCAUUUCAGUUGGCAUUGUAUGGUUACAACUCCGACUUAAAAGUGAAGUAGACGGAGUGAAGAUGCGAAUAAGCAAAUUGGAAGGUUGGUCCCGUGAUGAACCGGCAUCUUUAGCUGAUUUAGAAACUUUGGUCAGUUCAAUGCAACUUGAGGUGACAAAUAUCAAACAGCAAAUUAUUCAACCUUUGCAACUUAAACUGGCUGGCUUAAUGCACCAGGUGGAACAACAGUCAUCAAGACAAAUUACUCAAACAUUUCAAGACUCAAUUAACACUUUACAACAGAAUGUGGUUGAAUUGACCACUGAUGUAACUCAUGUUCACCAAUCCGUUACUGGUCUUGAAACUUCAACACAGCAACUGCAUGCACAAACCACCCAAAACAGCGAUGAUAUAGCACGCAUCAGCUCUUUAGUAACAGAUUACAAGCAGGAAAUUGAAAGCAUGGAAAAUAAACCACAGCGUUACGCCAUGGCAUCAACUAGUGAAGGGUUUUACAAUUCAUCCAUCAACGCCAUCCAAUCACGACUUAAACUGCUUGAAGAUAACUCAGCCACCACCAACAUGUUGCAACCGUUAUCAAGCAAACAAACAUUGAUGGAAGUUGAAAUAUCAAUAAUUAAAAAUACUGUGGCAAGCGUCAACGAAUCAAUAAUGACGUUGCUUGACGACAACCAUGGUCUCCAAACCCAAAUCAGCAGUCUCGAACAAACGACCGAAAAUUUGCGGCAAUCGUUUUUAAACGAAGGAGAAAGCCUAUCUUUACCCCUGACCCCGGAAACGGGGGGCUCAAAUCUUAACCCACAAAACAUUGAAACAAACGCUAAUGUUGAAAACGUGUUAAAUGAAUCUGUAUUUCCGUCGCAUGGAACUGACCAUAGGGUAGGAGAUACGACGACGUCUUUUACUGAAUUACCGACUAAAGGACAACCUGAAGAGAAUGAUACAGUUGUGGGAAAUCUAAACGAAUUGACAGAAGUAGCAACCGAUUACGAAAAUUCCCGUACAGACCUAUCACAUAAAACUGAGACCUGACGUAACAUUAGCCUUCAUAUCCUACAAGUUCUACCUCCUAUGGGAAAUAAGCGUUGUAUCAAAUCCUAUGGCUGUGCGGAACCGACCUUCCGUGUUUUAAGCAAAAGCUUUGGUUUAUCUUGGUAUACAAACCAAAUAGGAAAUAGACUGAUGUAGCAAUUUUUAGAACCAAGUACAUAAAGUAGCUUAAAACUUAGAGCUUCGCUUACAAAUCUUCUUUCUUCGCUCAUUUUUCUUGCGCAAUUUCUAAAAAUCACCUAAAAUUCUCCUUUAAAUUAUAAUCGUUUUCUUUCGUGAUAACAUCAUGCGCAUAAUGUAAUGAGAAACUCCGCUGUAAGAAGUUAAUUUCCGAAACUGUUUCGGUAACAAAUUAGUUGCCAAAAACAAUCGUGGAAAUUUACCGCUCUGUAUGCCCAUUUUCAUGGCAUGAAAUAUGAAGUACACAUUUUUUUGGUACAAGUUUUUUAAUCAUUGAUCUUUUACGGCGUCUUAUCUUACACCGCCAUUGCACUGUUUAACGAUUUUGCAUAUCGUGUUUCUUUAUUAUAUUUUUAUUUGAUGAAUUUACGUUAAAUUUGGAAAAAACGUUUAACAUUGAAUUUAUUACAAAAGUGAAAAGUGUUAAAUUUUAACGCCUUUAUUAUAUAGUACUCGAAAACCAUUUUUUGAAUAAAAUUUUAGGAAUGAAAUUUACGUAUAUAAAUUUACACAUGCUUAAAUUGUUUUACAUACAUGUAAUUUAUCUUAAAACUUUUUUUCUUAAACUGAAGCGUUCUGCCAGCACAGUAUUAUUUAUCUAUUUUAACAUUUCGUUUACGAAGCAGUUACUUUAAAAACAUCAGUCUCGCAUUUCAUGAACUAAUUCAUUUUUAUUUCUAAAUUUAAAUUCUUAUUUUAAAAGUUUUAAUUUUUCGAUAUUUUGUCUGCUGUUCAGGGCAUAUUCGUAUUUUUGUGUUUAGUAAUCGUAUUUUUCCGUUAGACUGUUUUCCCGCAUUAAAUUUUAAAGCGUAGAACGAUUUGUUAUUUUAAUCGCUUUAUAAUCUCGAAAUUACGGAUAUUUUUACCACUACCAUUAUUUUGGCAGUAAAAUUCUGCAAUUUAUGCUACAGCUUCCAUUUCUUAUAUUUACACAACUACUGGAGCUAUUCCAGACCUUAUUCCAUGAACAACUGCGCACGUACGAGUGAAAUUUCAAUAUACAUUAUACACCUUGCUUAUUGAGCCCAAACUUGGUGUUUUUGGCAGUUAAUCAAAUUACAACCUGACAAAAAAGCGUGAAAAACACUUCGUCACGAACUUUGGACCUGUUUUUCACCUUUGGUCGUGUUAUUUUUACGAACACAUGUUUAAAACGUGCCAUUCCUAUAUUACAGUGUUGAUAGCAUAUAAUAGCUGAAAUAAAGUUUAAUUGAUUGAAAAA